UUAGUGCAGCAGAACCAGAACCAGGUCCAGAGGGAUCUGAGCCCUCUAACCAUCAACUUAUGGGCAAGAAAAUAUUUUUCCCAACAGAGUUUAACUCAUAACACUUGUUUGUGAAUAAAAAUGUAGAUCUGAUGUUGGAGUUAGAAAAACUUUAUUUUUCAUAAUCGUCCUGAAAUAUCAGGAAAGACACCCUUUACUAACUGCGCCAGAGCUGGACUAACUGCCCCAAAGCUGGACUAACUGUCCCAGAGCUGGACUAACUGCCCCAAAGCUGGACUAAAUGCCCCGGAGUUGGACUAAAUGCCCCAGAGCUGGACUAAAUGCCCCAGAGCUGGACUAACUGCCCCAAAGCUGGACUAAAUGCCCCAGAGCUAGACGGAACCAGUCUGAGUCCAGAAUUCCGGGUCAACUGGACGGGUUCAUGUGUGGAAAUGAACUCGGAUCAUCAGAACAUCUGAUCAGUUUGUCUUUAGGUUCAUGUUCCUCCUUUAAUCCCGGUCCAGAGAGCCAAACACACAGACAUGAUGGGAAUCAGUUCAGAGAGCAACUGACUGCUGGAACUGGACCAGAACCAGACCAGAACUGGAUCAGAAUGGGUCAGAACCAGACCAGAACUGGAUCAGAUCUAGGUCAGAACCGGAUCUGAACUGGACCAGAACCAGGUCACAUGGAGCUGAGUGUUCCUGAUUCCUGUUCUAUCAAACAACAAACUUUCCUGUUAAAACCCUGAACUUUGUUGUUCACUAAAUGUUUCUGUCCCUGCAGGUCAAAGGUCAAGCUUUAGUCAUUCUGACAUUUCAAAAUAAAAGGUUUUAUUUAGCGAGACCCAAAAGAAUCCCAGCUGGUUCCUAAUAAUCUGCUUAGAGACGUGGAGCGGAGUCCAGUUAGAGGUUUCCUCCAGCAGGAGGCGCCGUUUCCAUGGCAACCAGCAUCAACCUCCUGACUCUUAUUGGUUGAGACGUCGGCAGGACCUCCUGAUCCAUCCAGGAAGUUUAAACAACUCAACCCAGUUUCUGGAAUAAUAAUCUGAGUUUAAUCCUCAUCUGCAGUCAGACUCAGAUUAAAUCCCAGCUGGACUUUAUUCACCUCUUCAGCUGCAGUUGGGUGAAGAGACGAGUUUAAAAGCUGCAGGAUGGAAGAACUGGAGGCCUGGAGUUGGACACGUUCACAUCAAACCAGGUUAAUAUGGUGGAGUGUCCUAGUCAAAGGCCAGAGCUAAUCCUGACUGAGAACUGAUGUUCCCAGAUGUUCUCCAUCCAUCCUGUCUGAGCUGCAGAUGUUUCAUAAAGUCUGUAGAUCAAAGUUUUGACACUUUAAUUCAAAUGAUUCAGAAAAUAAAUGUUUUCUUUCCACUUCAUAAUUCUGACCAACUUCCUGUUGGUUUGUCUCUAAAAGUCAGUAAAACUCAUGAAAGUUUGUGGUUGAAAACAGGAUCAGUCGCUGUUAUUAAGAUCACGUUCAGACUUUAGCUGCUCAGUUUCCCUGAUUGCAUUUUGACCUGAUUCUCCUUUAAUGGUGGUGAGGGGGGGUCAGGGCGGACAUGCGCAGCUUGGACCGGAUCUGCGGUUCCGACCAGCUGUUUGGGUUGAAAGUUUCUAUCAGAACUCUGGAGGAACCAACCAGAAACUUGGACUCUGGUUGGGUUGGUCUGAAGAACCGAGUUGGUCCCUUUAAAUCUGCUGGGGUGUGAAUACUUUACAGCACUUAGAAAAACAGUCAGGAAGGCAAGAAUGGGGCAAUAAUUAGAAAUAUUCCUAAAGUGUUUUAUUAAAAUAUGUUUAAUGAAGCAGAUCAGCUUUGAAGCUUCUUCCUGUCAAACGUCUCAGAUAGAAAAACUAGAUUCUGAUGGAGGUUCAGACUUUAACCUGCUUUUGUUCUGGAAGCUGCAGGACUUCUUGACCUUUGGCUCAUUUCAGUCUUUUAUUCCGUCCAAUCAUUCAGGACUGUUACAUUUAGCUGUUUGUAGCUCAGGAAACGCUGAACAAAGAGACUUUAGAGGAAAUAAUCCCUUCAUCACAUCCUGUCUAAUCUCAGCUUUAAUCUGCUCUCAGUUUGCUGCUUCAUCAACGUCCUGAAGAGAAAAGUUGGCUUCUGUUCUGGUUUCAGUCUGUAGGACUUCCUGUGGUCUGGAUGAUGUUUGUUGUUUCUGCUGACCUCCUCCCCAUCAGGUCCGUGUCCACCGUCCACACUGCUGUGUCCCGCCGUGUCCCGCCGCGUCCUGCCGUCCUCUGGGCCUCGCCGCCAUCGGGUCUGCACCGUCGGCCGGCGGUGGCGCCGCAGUCUGCUGACGGCUCCGCUUCCCCAGCUGCUGGAGCAGGUGACGGUCGGCGGCGGCUCCGUCCCGCCUGGAGACGCUCGGACUCACCGGUUUGUCCUCUUGGUGUCCAGGCGGCCGCGGUCUUCACGCUGUCCUGCUGCAGCGUCCUGACUCUGGUUCUGGAGGAGGACGGGACCGUGGUGGACUCGGAGGAGUUCUUCCAGGCGCUGCCCAGUGGCGCCCCGCUGAUGGUGCUGGAUGAGGGCCAGACGUGGUUCCAGAGCAAAGUGAGACCCAGAAAGGGUCGGGGUCCGCCGCCUCCAGCUGAUGGAGGGGAACCUCCAGGACAGAGUGGACUGAAGGUUCUGGUUCUGCCGGGUCGGAUCGCUGGAACAUGGAGGGAAAAGAUCCACAGAGAGGCGACCAGCAGCCAGCUGGAGCAGGGCUACACAGACUGUAACACUGAAGGCAGCGGGGACCUGGCGCCCUCUGGUGGCUCCUUAAGGAACUGCAGGCCUCACUGUGAACAACACUGAUCUACAGCAGAAUCACUGCAGACAUGCUUCAGUCGCUUUGACCUCUGACCUGUAGGCAGCGCUCCAUCCUUCUCCAGCUGACAGCCAUGACCCCUGACCUUUGACCCCUACCUGAGAAUCCCAGUUUGAGUCUCAGCAGCUGCAUUCUUCAGUUCCUCCAGCAGGGGGCAGCAGCAGGUUUUGAUUUGAUUGAUUUCUUUAUUGAACAGACUCCAGAUAGACAGAAAAAAGAACCAACAUAAAUAAUUUUCUACAGAUUUGCAUAUCAAUGUUUCCACUGACAGAACGAUGUGAAAACAUGAAUAAAUCUGUUC